AUGUCUUCCACAUUGCAGCUACAACAUCAGUCCUUCGAGACUGCGGCUGCAAUAAUGGUGAACCUUGAGGAGCUCUUCGGGGAAACUGACCGUUCAGUCCGUUUUAAAAUCAUGACGAAACUUAUGGCUUCGAGGAUGACGGAGGGUUCACCUGUGCACGAGCAUGUGCUCGAAAUGAUUAAUCAUUUCAAUGAGCUGGAAAUGCUCGGUGGAGGUAUCGAAGAUGAUAUCAAGGUUGAUAUGGUACUCCACACUCUCCCCAAGUCCUAUGAAAACUUCCGUCUCAAUGCAAUCAUGGGCAAGAAAAAAGGUUAA